CCGAAGCCACACUUUGUACCAGGCUUUCAGGGUUAAACAAACAUGCGGAUCGCAUUUGCCCUAUUUUUACUCGCGUCCGUGCGGGCCAUGCCUGCACUGGACAAAGAAGAGCAUGGAGCCGUCGGAAACGUCCUUGGUGUUGUAAAACAGUGCUUCGAUGGAGACGUCUCGCUGUGCCUAAAGGAGAAAGCUUUGAAGUAUGUGGAGACGUUAUCAUCUGCCCGGGAAAUGAAUCUGGUUGAAGGAAUCACUUUGGUUGGAACUGGGUCUCCCAGGUCUGCAAGAGCCUACGAACCUCUGGCAGAUGAACCAAAGGCCAGGGAAGCGCAAGUGGAGUCCAGGCUAGUUGAUUCUGCGGCUGACUUCUUGGAGAACCAUGUUAUCGAAUUCCGUAUGCCAUCCUCAGCUGUAGAAGGCAUGAAACGCUCACUCGAUGAAGCUCGUGGCAAAAAAAAGAAGUUGAAGCAGCUCAUCCCUCUUCUUGCCAUCGCUAAGCUCAAGAUCUUGGCCCUCAUCCCUCUCUUCCUUGGAAUAAUCGCAUUCGCCGCCGCCAAGGCCGUCCUCCUUGCCAAGAUUUCGCUCCUUGUUGCCGGAAUCAUUGCCCUGAAGAAACUGCUGGCCAGUAAACAUCAUGAGACCAGCUACGAAGUUGUAGCUCAUCCACAUCAUGAAGAACAUUACCCAAGCAGUGGCCAUGGAUGGGGCAGAACAAUCGAUGAAGCUCAAGACUUAGCGUAUUCGGGCCACAUCAAAUCUGAUUAAGUUCGACAAGGACCUAUACUCGAUCCUCAUUUAUUUGUAAAGUACACAGAUGGAAUUACGACGUGAACGAGCGAAAUGACUUAUUUAUUUAUAGGAUUAAGGUUAUUUAACUAUUUAUUGUUAAGCUCUUUGUAAGGGCGUGGCGAAGUUCGCCACAGUUGUUUCGUUUUCAAUAAUAUGUUCUGAAUUUGUAUGAUCCCCUGUUAUACUAUAUUAGUAUAUCUUUAUACUCUAUACGGUAUCCGUAUUUGUGUAUUUGUUUUUAACAAAUAUUGAUACUUACUUUAUCUUAUUUCUAUAGCUAUUUUGUGAUCUAGUCCUUUAAGCCCUUAGAUAGUCCUAAUAUUAUUAUGUAUAUAUUAUAUUAUACGUGUUCAUAGAUAUUUUAGAUCAGUAUUUAUAUGUUGUAAAUAUUUGUAUAUAAUUAUGUUUAUUUAACGUUUUACCUCCAAUCGUCCGAAUUUAUAUUGUAUAUCAUACUAUGUAAAUACGAUAUCUUUUUAUUAUUCUAUGUACUUAUAUAUACUCAUUCUUUAAUAUUUAUAAUUUGUAUUUUAUGUAAUCAUUCUAUAUAUUAUACAUUCACCUUUUCUCUCAAUUUAAACAUACAACCUCUCAUACGCCAAAGGAGAAGUUAAUAUAUAAUUAUAUUUCAUGUACAAAAAGUAAUACUUAUACAUGUCUACUAUAUAUUGUUAACAUAACAAAUUCGUACAAAUAAAGAACUGAAGUUAA